AUGGAUGUAAUAAGCUGUUUAGAAUGGAUUCCUAGGAAAUUUUGUGAUUCUGACUUCUUUGAAGAUUAUAUACACUCAAAUGUCUCUCAUAAACCGUUAGUUCGCAUUAAUAUUUAUCACAAUUAUUAUUUAUUUCUCCAUCCUCCACAAAUUCACUCCUGUAAUAUUUUUAUAACUUUGUUCACUAAAUCUGAUGAAGAAGAUGGCCAUAGUGAGUCACUAGCAUAUGAAGAUGUGGAACUGGACUAUUUCGACUUAAAAAAUUACGAUGACUAUUUGUCUCCUAAUGAGCAAUUUUUUAACAUAAGAUCUACUGACGAGAACUUAUUACUCGAAGACCAAGAAGAUAUUAAUGCAAGGAAAUUGGAUGAGAGUGACCGUGUUAUAAUUGCUGGUAUUAGUAAUGAGUAUUUUUCAUCAUUGGUUGUAUAUUUGUACGACGUUGAUACUUGUGGUCUCGAACCCAACCACACUAUUCACCUUUCUAAUUUCCCACUUUGCUCUGAACUUGUAGCACUUCCUGAAUCACCUCCACUCUUAGCUAUAGGUACUUUUGAACCUGAAAUUUCAUUAUAUAACUUAAAACUCAUCAAUCAACUCAAGCCUACCCUAUCCCUCCAUGAUAAUACUAUUAAUGAUGAUAUUUCUGUAUUAUCAUUAUCAUUUUCCACAAAGUACUACUCGAUUGCUUAUAAUAAGUUGGUUGGAGGAUAUUCUGAUAAUACUAUGAGAGUUUGGGAUUUAACUCAUAAAUCCAUUGUAUUUACAUCAAAUCAUCAUACUAAACAUGUCCAAGUGGUAUUAUGGAAUCCUGAAGAUGAUGAUAUAGUAUUAACUGGCUCAUUUGAUCAGAAAGCUUCAUUGGUAGACUUGAGAUGUUCCAAACCAACAGUAUCUUACUUUUAUUAUUUUAUUUCUAGAAUGACUAUAAUCUUGGAAAUGAUAUCGAAUGUGCCAUUUGGUCCUCCAAUCAUACAUCAAUUGUAUUCUGCAUACAUAGUUAAUUUACUACUCCCCUAA